UCCCUGCUGUCAUUGGCUCGGUGCGGUUUCCUUGGGGACGUGGCGCCGCCGAGGGCCAGGCUGCCUUCCGGCUGUGCUGGGAACCACGGGGAGCCGCUGAGGACCCGGCCGGGCUGUGGAGAGGGGCGAGCGGGCCUCGGGAUCCUGCUGCAGCCUUAGGAGAUGCCGGGGACUAGGAGGCCACCCUCUCAGGGCAAAAGGAAAAGGAGGUGACAGACGACUAGACCACUGAAGGGAAUCCAUGGCUAGGAUCAGUUUUUCCUACCUCUGCCCAGCCUCCUGGUACCUCACUGUGCCCACAGUGAGCCCAUUUCUCCGUCAGCGGGUGGCCUUCCUGGGGCUCUUCUUCAUACCCUGUGUCCUUUUACUUCUAUUAAUCAUGGAUUUACGACACUGGGGCACCUCCUUACCCCGAGAUAGGCAGUACGAGAGGUAUUUGGCUCGGGUUGGGGACCUGGAAGCCACCAACACGGAAGACCCCGAUCUGAAUUACGGACUUGUGGUGGACUGUGGCAGCAGCGGCUCCCGGAUUUUUGUUUACUUCUGGCCACGACAUAAUGGAAACCCCCAUGACUUGCUGGACAUCAAACAGAUGAGAGACCGAAACAGCCAGCCUGUGGUUAAGAAGAUCAAGCCAGGAAUCUCCGCAAUGGCAGACACUCCAGAACAUGCCAGCGAUUACCUGCGACCUCUGCUGAGCUUUGCUGCUGCUCACGUGCCCGUGAAGAAGCAUAAGGAGACACCCCUCUACAUCCUCUGCACAGCGGGCAUGAGGUUGCUCCCUGAGAGGCAGCAAUUGGCUAUCUUGGCCGAUUUAGUGAAGGAUUUGCCAUUGGAGUUUGACUUCCUCUUUUCACAGUCUCAGGCCGAAGUGAUCUCUGGGAAGCAGGAAGGAGUUUACGCGUGGAUUGGAAUCAACUUUGUUCUGGGAAGAUUUGACCAUGAAGAUGAAUCAGAUGCCGACACUUCCCUGGACUCAGCAGCAGGACGCAGGAGGACUGUGGGGAUCCUGGACAUGGGAGGAGCUUCUCUCCAAAUUGCCUAUGAAGUUCCUACCUCAACUUCGGUCCUUCCUCCCAAACAGGAAGAAGCUGCCAAGAUCCUGCUGGCUGAGUUCAACCUGGGCUGUGAUGUGCAGCACACGGAGCAUGUGUACAGGGUUUAUGUCACCACCUUCCUGGGCUUUGGAGGCAACUUUGCCCGGCAGCGCUAUGAAGAGCUUGUGCUGAAUGCAACACUGAGCAAAAACAGAUUGCUAGGCCAGAAGACAGGCCUGAGUCCUGACAAUCCAUUCCUGGACCCCUGCCUGCCUGUGGGACUCACAGAUGUGGUGGAGAGGAACAGCCAGGUCCUGCAUGUCCGAGGCAAGGGAGACUGGGCCGCUUGUAGGGCAGUGCUGAGCCCCCUGCUGGCCCGCUCCAACACCAGCCAGGCCUCACUCAAUGGUAUCUACCAGUCACCGAUUGACUUCAACAACAGCGAGUUCUACGGCUUCUCGGAGUUUUUUUACUGUACGGAGGAUGUGUUGCGCAUUGGUGGCCGCUACCACGGGCCAACGUUUGCCAAGGCUGCUCAGGAUUACUGUGGCAUGGCUUGGUCAGUACUAGCGCAGAGAUUCAAGAAUGGCCUCUUUUCUUCGCAUGCAGAUGAACAUCGGCUUAAGUAUCAGUGCUUUAAGUCAGCUUGGAUGUACCAAGUCCUGCACGAGGGCUUCCACUUCCCCUACGACUACCCAAACCUGCAGACGGCGCAGCUGGUGUAUGACCGGGAGGUACAGUGGACGCUGGGAGCAAUUCUGUACAAAACCCGAUUCCUGCCACUCAGGGACCUUCGGCAGGGAGGAGUCCGGCAAGCCCACGGCAGCUGGUUCCGUCUCUCCUUUGUCUACAACCACUAUCUCUUCUUCGCUUGUACCCUGGUGGUGCUCCUGGCCAUCGUCCUGUACCUUCUGCGGAUCCACAGAAUCCACCGCCGGCAAACUCGAGCCUCAGCCCCGUUGGACCUGCUGUGGAUCGAGCAAGUGGUGCCGAUGAUUGGCGUCCAGGUGGGGCCGUGAGAACUGGAGAAAAGUCCAGGAGCCUAGGGAUCGCUGCUGCCUGCUGAACUCCACUUUCGUGAACUGGCCUCAAAUGCUGCUUUGGCCUGGGAAUUUCUAUUUUUUCCCUUUAAUUUCCUUUUGGUGCCCAGGAUGGGACCUCCUCUCAGAAGCCGCAAUUUAAUUUGCGAGGAACUAAAUGGCGGUGCUAACAUAGGGGACUACACUCAGCCCAAAGGAGGCAUGCUUCUCUUUUAUCUCAGAAAUCUUGUGUUUUCUGGGAUGUAGCAUUUCUCCACCCUCCACCCCACCCAUUGCUGAAGCAAGUUUUCAAUUGGGCAACUGGAAAUGUGGUUGAAACCAACUGGGAUUGACUGAUACAAAUCAAGGGACCUUCCAGCAAGAAUAGUUGCCCCCACUUUCUCUGUAACAGAGAGACCCUUCUGUGAAGACCCACAACUUUGAAUAGGGACCCGAGAUCUCUGAGGUUCGCUGGACCAGCUUCCAAGGCAACCUAAAUGAUACAACUGCCC